GAUUUCAUUCUAACGUGGGCCCAUCUGGCCCACCGAAUGCUCCGUGGACGAUCCUUUCUUCUUCUUCGUCCUCGUCGCUCGCUAAUCAGUUCAGGCGUCCUCAUUCCCAGCCGCUGAAGAAACCGCGAAAUGAAAGCUUUUCUCCUCCGAGGAGAGGAACGGAACAGCCAAUUGCUUCCGAACCGAAUUCCCUCAGUCAAUUGCUGAGGUAAAAGAAAGCAAAGAAUGAAAGGCCUUUUCUGUGCUCCUGUUAUGUUGAGUUGAAGCGACAUCCUGUCCUGUGUCCUGUGAUAUGGCUGCUAGUGCUCGCCAGUGUCAAGUUUGCUGUCAAGCGCCAUCCAAGUACAAGUGCCCCUCCUGUUACUUACCUUACUGUUCCCUGGCCUGUUUCAAGAGACACAAAGAAAUUCCAUGUGCGAAGCCCACACCCUCUGUCAAGAAACCAAUGGUUGAUCGAGAAGAGCCUAAGGGGAGGCCCUUGAGUGUUGACGACCCGAGUGAGGUAGUAUUGCAGGAGCAGCUCAAAUCCGUAGCUGCUUGUAGUGAAAUUCGCAAUGCUGUCACAAAUGAAGACCUUCAGAGGCUUAUCCGCAAGAUUGAGUCUUCGGAAGAUGCGGAGAGUGAACUUGACAAAGCGAUGGAAGGGGACGUGUUUAGGAUAUUUACAGACAAGAUCUUAUCUGCUAUCAACCCAUGAAAUGGAGCCACACUUCUCAGACUAAUGAUUCAUCAUGGUAGCAGCGUGUUGAAGUCCUCAGGGAUUCUUUGAAGCAUAAGGUGAAUUGCAUAGUGGCGGUUUAGGUUCGGCACGAUUCCAGUUCCAUACUUAAACUUUGUGCAUUAAAGAUAACAGCUUGGAAGUGCUGCUGCAUGUAUUUUCCUUGUAUUAGGGAGAAAAAUGUCUUCCCAGAAAUCAGAUGUAUGAGAACUUCUGAGAGAGUGAGUAUAAGCUUUCUUGUUGACGUUGCAAACUGUGAUCAUAGGGGCCUUCAGAUGCUCAAUUUAGAAACACUAGAUGCAAAGGCUUUCAGAAAUCUUUGCUUC